AGCAAGGCCGCCACCCACGCUAAGUGUGACUGCUCGGCCUAUCGUCCGCCACGGCCCCCCUUAUCCGCACUCGUGCUGCUCAGACAGCUCGACUUUGGUCGUCAUCCCCCCAGACCACCGCACCGAAAGAGACCACGCUGUCUACGCUACUCUCGGGUCUACCGCACGUCCUCCUUGCUGGCUGGGUGGCCAUCGUCUACCGAAGGGGGAUCCAAUGACGAACUCGUCCUCGCCUGCCCCUUCCCCUACUGCCUCUCCAUCCGUCCUCCCAGGGUCGGCCAUUCCCGUGCACCAAGAUGCCGGCUUGCAGCCUCCAGCCAUUGUGACCUUUCCCGACCUGCCGAACGAAUCGCUGCAUCUUGACAAUCCCGCAGAACAGCAGCGACCCGAGGUCACAGAUCCGGCUCCAUCGUCGAGUUCGCCCGCUCUCCCUCUCUCGCGCACGCCUUCAUAUGCCCGAAAGCCGUCACCCGGACUGGCUGCCCGCCUUAAAGCUCUUGGCUUCAGCUCGGGCUCCAAUAAAGCACCGCCUCCGGCACCGCAAAACGAGAAGACCGGCAACAUCGGCCGCUUAGACGAAGAUCAGCUGCGCCAGCUCGAUCAGCAGCACAUCAGCAACUCGCUGGGUCUUGUCGUCGAACGUCGCGGCCGCCCCUGGAAGGGCCCAGGCGCACCGCUCCAGCGGCUCAGAUCAAAGGCGUCGCGACGCGACAUCAGUGCGGAAUCCGGCGCGAGCGGCAGAGAAUCGCUUGUCCCAGACGAACCAGAUCUUCUACCAGAGAUUGAACAAGUCGCACCCCUGGAAAUGGACAGCAAUAAGUACCGCUUGCCGGAUCAUACCAACGGGAAUGGCACAAAGGCACAGCUCGACGUCCGGCGGGACCACAUAGCACGGGACUCAAGACCUCCUGAUGUGGACGAGAAGGAGAUCGAGCAAGAGGAGGAGGACGAAUUAGCACAAGCGAGGCCACGGACCCCGUCUCCGCCACCAAAGGACACGCCUCCAAUAGGCACACCUUCGUCAACCGACUACGUCCCGGAUCUUCCAUCAUACUUCAACCCCCUUGGCCUGCAGCGUGCUGGAUCCAUUUACACAAUAUCCCGCGCCUCGUUUGCGAACCAGCUUGCGCAGUUGACCGCGUUACAGCUACCUGAUGCGGACCUCCUAUCGAGCAAGGUUGCAGCUAUCCCGACUGCGCAAGCAGCCUCAAAGGCUCUUAUUGGCGCGGCUGAGCAAAUCCGAAGCUGGAUAUCGAAAGCAGCCGAGGUCAUUAGUGGCCUGGACAGUGAAGAUGAUGUCGAGUGGGCUGCAGCCGGAGGCAGAGAGGGCUACGAGGAAGUCGAGAAUGCCAUCACAAGAUUCGAGCAGCUUAUCAACGUCUACGUCAGCGCGAUUGAGGAGUUGCAGAACCGGCCUGACAUUGCCGCUGUUCCCGGAGAUGACCUCACUCAUGCUGUGAUGCAGAUGGAUUCGAUCAUGCGCGAGUGGCGGGCCAUUCGCGCCACGCUCAACAAUGUCAAAGGCCAGGUCGACACGGCGAUGGAAUGGGAGGAGCUCUGGAACAUGGUUCUUGGCGACAUACAAAACGAAAUGGAUGAUCUAAGCCGGCUAGUGUUUGAAAUGGAGGAGCGGCGGCACAAGUCCGUGCUGGUAGCCUCGGGAAGCGACGGCGUGGAUAUUGGAGACCUGGCCACCAUCGUCGAGGAGACCCCACCAGCUGUGGCUCGAAACAACAGAUUCAGCGUAUCCGCCUUCCCACCGACACCAAACUCUCCAGGCACUCCGACUCUAUCGCAAGAUGAUUCAAGUCUGCUUGCCCUUUUCGCACGCAUGCAACCGCUUCGCGCAUCUCUCGACUUCUUGCCAAUGAGGCUGUCCGUCUUUGAGGCAAGAGCGCAGAAAGCCUUCCCGACAGCUUGUGAAGAGUUAGAGAUGAGGCGCACAGGCCUUGAAGGCAGCUACAAGAAACUCGAAAAGGAUGCGGACUCGUUGCGGAAAGAGCUUGGAGAGGACAAGUGGGUUCUAGUCUUCCGAGGCGCUGGCCGGCAAGCUCAGAAGAUGAUUGAGUCGGUUGACCGAAGCAUGAACAAGCUACGAGAGAGCAUCGACCAAGGUCUUCAGAGCUCAAACCCUGCUGUUAUGGGCAAGAAGAUUGAGAGCUACGAGGCAAAAAAGACCCACUAUGGCCCUGCGAUUGAGCGCGUACUGUCCAUCAUUGAUCGUGGCGUCAAGGACCGGCUCACAGUCAAUGGCGAGAUCCUUCGCCUCCAUACUGAGAUGCAAUCGAAAUGGGAUGAGGUCAGGGAACAGAUGCUAGAGUUCGAUGCUAUCCUCGAGGCCCUCAACGCCGAUCGUAGAACCCAGCAUCUUCGCGAUUCCAUCUCCAGCAUGCUCUCAAACGAUCAAUCAACACUGGGGAGCGGCAUCAACACCCCUGGCAGUUCUCCCCCUUCGUCGGUCAUUAUGUCAAGCUUGGGUAUUGAUCCAGUAACUCCGACGGCGAAGCCCAAGAACAGAGUCAGCUCGGGUAGCAGUCUGCCUCAGCCCCAGUUCAGUCGACGGAGCAGCUCUCAUCUCUCUACGCCACAGCCUCGCCGCCCUCUGGGAUCACGCCUGUCAGCCAUGUCCUCGCCGGCUGUGGCCAGCCCCUCAACACCAGCACGGAGCGGCUCCGUAACGCCUUUGAAUUCGGGCCAUCCCAGAUCUGCAUCGAGGAAUGCGGACAACCGCCCUCGUUGGAGUGUGUCAACAAACACAAGCAAGUCUGAUCUUGGCCACAAUUUCAAGCCUUUGUCUCUCACCACGCCCAGUCCUUAUGUUAAGCGCAGUCCCACGCCUCUUCGUUCAGCGUCGUCGUUGGCAACGUCUUCACGAGACACAAAGCUGCCCAUACGAAGCCCGCUCAGCAGAGAGGCGACCGCAUCGCCAGUGCUCGAGCGGACACCGUCUCGGAAAGGUGGGUCCCGCCUGAGCUUCAGAGAUCGACUGUCGGCCUCGCCUGCGCCUGCGCCGGUCGUGACCCAGUCGACGCUACCCAAGCCACGACUCACCACACAGGCGUCAAUGUCGGCACUUCCAAACAGGAGAGCCUCUUUGCAGCCGCCAAGGCCGCAGGAAUCUGGCGAUGAUGUCAGGCAAAGACCUGCAAGCUCGCUAGCGACCGGCAGACGCAGCAGUCUGCUGCCAUUGCCGCGGUCAACGAAGGAUGGAGAGAGCGGACGGCAGAGCCCCCAGGCUCUGGCAGGCGCCCGAGUGGCCAUGCGCAGAGGCGCUAGUGCCAUCGAGGUCAAGAAGGACGCCAGACCACGGUGGCACUAGUGAAUGCCGCGGCGGGCAAGGUAUACAAAGCAUGGAUUUCCAGAAGAUGGACACUUAUACAUUGCUGCUCUUGAUACCCCUUUCCUUUGGUCUCCUUGAAAAUCUUACAUGGCGCCUCCUCUCUCUUCCGCCCAACUGGAGUGGGCGAACCGAAAGACGGCGUUUUAGCUUGUCACAAUGCUCUAAAUUGUCGAGUAGAAUAUGACUGCCAGUGCGCGCGUGGGCGCAAGUGUACAUUCUUUAUUUUUUUCCUCUUGUAAGGGCGAUACCCUCGCCGCAGCAAAAGGGGUUGCGUCCCUAAAUUCUCCGGCGUAGGCUACUGGCGCAGCGUGUAAUUCAAGGGUGAUAGUUUGUACGAUUUGCCAUACAAAAUCUUUUUUUCAAGGUGAA